CUCAGAUAGACAAUUGAAUGCAGACCUACAACGACCCCCAUUCGUUUCCCCUAUCUGACAUCUCGCGUGGCCAGCUAACAACCUCGUGGCAGUUUUAGGGGCCCAAAGGGGACUGUUUAUAAACUGAGCGGAGGUGCCAGGAUCCAGGUUUUUCUCUUCUCCAGGGAAUUCUGCCUCCGCGACCAGCGUACCACUUGGUUCGAUUCCUGACUUCAGGUAUCGACCGUCCACUCCCUUGACUUUAUUUGAACAAAUUUUGAUAUUCUCCGUUAAUCCCCGAGACCUUUUCACCAUGCAUCUUCACUUUCUUCUUCCGGCCUUGUUAGCCGUUGGCGCUACACGUGCGGCACCGGCGCCUGUCGAAAACACCUUCUCGGAGCGCGAUGCCGCCGUAUCUGCUGCUUCGAUCUACAUACCGGCCUCGACCCUUAAAACGGAUAUUCUAGCCGCCAAAGGCCUUGUCAAUCUGGCAAUCUAUGAGCUGACGAACCCGUCGAGCGGAAGCUGCAAUCUGCUCAAUGCAGCUGUGCGGAGAGAAUGGUCUACGCUCUCGAAGGACGAGAGGCUUGCUUACAUUGAGGCCGAGUUGUGCCUCAUGUCGAAGCCGACUCAGGACCCCAAUUUCGCAGCCGGCGCAAGAUCCCGGUACGACGACUUUGUUGCAGUCCAUAUCAACCAAACACUUUCCAUCCACGGAACCGCAAACUUCCUGGCAUGGCACCGUACCUUCACCUGGAACUUCGAGCAGGCACUACGAAAUGAGUGCGGCUAUACAGGGUACCAGCCGUACUGGAACUGGGGAAAGUACGCCUUUGACCCCCUCAAUUCCCCCCUGUUCGACGGCAGCGACUACAGCAUGUCUGGCAAUGGUGCCUACGAGGCACACGGCUGCACUGAAGCCCUGCCUACGGAUCUGAAUUGCAUUCCUCCCGGCUCUGGAGGUGGCUGUGUGACCACCGGGCCCUUCAAGGAUUACGUCGUCAACUUGGGUCCUGUUGCCCCGACGUUGGAUAUCCCGGGAAUCAUUAACUACUCCAACCCGAACCCUCUCGCCUAUAAUCCCCGCUGUCUCCGUCGCGACAUCUCAUCCUGGGUCUCUUCCAACUGGACCAAGGACUCGGACUCUUACGACCUGAUCUCCAACUACAACGACAUCCUGUCGUUCCAGAACCGCAUGCAGGGUGAUUUCAGCGUCGGGUUCUACGGUGUCCACACCGCCGGCCACUUCACGACUGGCGGCGACCCGGGCGGUGAUCUCUUCUCCUCUCCCGCGGAGCCGACAUUCUUCCUGCACCACGCCCAAAUUGACCGGACUUGGUGGAUCUGGCAGAACCAGGACCCCAAGAACAGGAGGAACGCCUUUGCAGGUGGUACUUCCACCCUGGAUCCCGUCAACAGCCCGCCCGGACAGCUUACCGACCCGAUCAACAUGGGCAGUCUGGGACAGACGAUCCAGAACCAGGACGCCUUGUGGUCGACUGCAGGUCCUUUCUGCUACAUUUACGUCUGAAGGAGGAGGUGGUGGAGGAGGUGGAGAAGGACAGGGUGUGCUUGUUUGUACGUCACGACCAUUCUCAAACCUGGGUACGCAAUAGAAUUUCACAGGAUUUCACAGCAAGCAUUACACGGUCAAACUUAUCGGGCAUAGUACUUAAUGUUUAUUCUUUAGUCCAGUUUCCAGUCUGGACGAGUCUCAG